AUGAUGAAAGUAAAGCAACAGGGUCUCGUGGCAGACCUCAUGCCCAAUAUCAGGCUGAUGCAGAGUGUCGGACAUUUUCUCUUUAAUUACUACAGCGAAGGAAAGAAGUUUCCUCAUAAGAUUUAUUGUGUCGUGACGCUUCUUCUGAUAUUGGCGCAAUACAGUUUAAUGGGCGUAAACCUCAUGAUGGAAAGUGACGAUGUAGAUGACCUCACGGCCAAUACAAUCACAAUGCUCUUCUUCGUUCAUCCAGUUGUCAAAGUCAUCUAUUUCCCAAUACGGAGUAAGAUGUUCUAUAAAACUUUAGCCAUCUGGAAUAAUCCCAACAGUCAUCCGCUUUUCGCCGAGAGCAACGCCCGCUAUCAUUCCCUCGCUAUCACCAAGAUGAGACGGCUGCUAUUUUGCGUCGCAGCGGCGACUGUAUUCUCAGUCAUCUCCUGGACGGGUAUUACCUUCAUGGAUGAGUCAGUAAAAAGGAUCAUUGACCCCGAGACCAAUGAAACGACAAUUACUCCAAUUCCAAGACUGAUGAUACGUACGUUCUAUCCGUGGAAUGCAAUGAGCGGCGCAGGUCACGUUUUCUCUCUCUUCUACCAGUUCUAUUAUCUAGCCAUUGUAAUGGCCAUCUCAAACUCCCUCGAUGUGCUCUUCUGCUCUUGGCUUCUCUUCGCCUGCGAGCAACUUCAGCAUCUCAAAGCGAUCAUGAAACCACUUAUGGAACUUAGUGCCACCCUCGAUACCGUCGUACCAAACAGCGGUGAACUCUUCAAGGCUGGCAGUGCCGAUCAUUUAAGGGACACCCAAGGGGUUCAGCCUAGUGGCAACGGCGACAACAUCGUUGACGUUGAUGUGCGUGGUAUUUACAGCAAUCGACAGGAUUUUACAGCUACAUUCAGGCCCACUGCCGGCACAACAUUCAAUGGGGGCGUUGGGCCGAAUGGCUUGUCGAAAAAGCAAGAGAUGCUCGUAAGAAGUGCCAUUAAGUAUUGGGUGGAAAGGCACAAGCACGUUGUCAGACUGGUGACUUCAAUUGGUGACGCUUAUGGUAUUGCCUUAUUGUUACACAUGUUGGCAACGACUAUUACUUUGACAUUGCUAGCUUACCAAGCAACAAAAGUUAAUGGAGUUAACGUUUAUGCGGCAACGGUAGUCGGUUAUUUGUUAUACACAUUAGGACAAGUAUUCCUGUUCUGUAUCUUUGGAAAUCGGCUUAUCGAAGAGAGUUCGUCCGUUAUGGAAGCUGCAUAUUCAUGUCAUUGGUACGAUGGAUCUGAGGAGGCUAAGACGUUCGUACAAAUUGUCUGUCAGCAGUGUCAAAAAGCCAUGUCAAUAUCGGGAGCAAAGUUCUUUACUGUAUCCCUCGAUCUCUUUGCUUCGGUUCUCGGAGCAGUUGUAACGUACUUCAUGGUAUUGGUGCAACUGAAAUAAAUCGUGAGUCGGCUGUAUUUGGAAUAUCAGCUUUGCAAUUCGCAGUGAGCCGCUUUCAUCAAAAACGCAAACUUUCUACGUAAACUUUUGGGAAAAGCCCUUAUAGUUCAUCAGACGAAAGUUAAAUCUCAACUUCAUUAUUCGAAGAUUGCGUAUCUUCUAGAAUGGCCACUCCACCACUACUUUAUUAUUUUGUAUCGUUCGCUUCAGUUUUUUCAGCGAGUUUCAACAUACAUCAAUGCAAUUUGGUACAAACACGUCUAAGUGGGUAUAUAACUAAAUUUACUAAAUUAUCAAACAUAUAAUUUAUUUCAAGUUAUAUAGCACAAUAUGAUGAUAAAAGUUCCUCGUUUAUUAAUUUUGUAUAGCUUUAAUUCUUUCCAAGAUC